CGCAGACGAAAUGAAGGUGUACGUCGUUGCUGUUGCACACCACUAGUUGCAACAGUUUAAGUAGCCUUGGCCUCGUCGCCUCCUCCACUCACUCGCUCAUCUUCUUGCACCACCGACAGGCCAGCCUUCGAUUCUCGUAGUCAAAGGUACGGCCAAUGCAUGCAAUUCCUCGUCAAAAUUUGGCCAACAUUUGUCCAUCCAAUUGCCUAUAUAUCUCUCCAUUCUCUUGUCCUUGCUGAUUCAAGAGAGUUCCUGUGUUUACUUUCUUUGCGGAGAUGUAUGUGCUGCCUUUUUUUUCUUGCAGCUUUUGAGGUACCACUAGUGAAAUGAGCGAGGACAAGGUGUCUUAGAAGUUACUACUUAGAAGAGAUGGCUAGUACCGCAAGCCAACCGUUUCAAGAAGGGAAGCAGCACCUGCACCUGAACCAUGGUGGCCGUGCUCUUCAUUCAGCGUACGGUGGUACUGCUGCGUGGCCUGCCAGCUCGGUGACGCCGCCUCUGACCAGGCUGGAGACACCAGCGUCGUCGAGCAAAAGCACGGCGGAGGCGCGGCAGGCCCUCAAGAUCCACAGCGCGGCAGAGAAGCGGCGGCGGGAGAGGAUCAAUGCUCACCUCGCGACGCUGAGGAGAAUGAUCCCUGACGCUAGUCAGAUGGACAAGGCCACCUUGCUAGCCCGGGUGGUUUGCCAACUCAAGGACCUCAAGAAGAAAUCGGCCGAAACCACGCAGCCACCACUGGCCACCAUCCCCGGAGAGACCAACGAGAUCGCCGUCGUCUGCUGCACCGGCACGGCCUCCACUGCCUACGAGAGAGCGGCGGCGACGUACAUCAGGGCCUCCGUCAGCUGUGACGACCGGCCGGGGCUCCACGCUGACCUCGCCGGAGCGUUACGCGCCAUGAGGCUGAGGCCGCUGAGGGCGGACAUGGCCGCCCUGGGAGGCAGGGCUCAGUGUGACUUCGUACUGUGCAGAGAGGACGGCGCCGGCUGCCGCACGCUGAAGGCUCUCGAGGAGGGCGUCAGGCAGGCGCUGGCCAAGGCUGCGUUCCCGGAGACGCCACCGUACGGAUGCAACGCCGCUAGGAGCAGGAGGCAGAGGCUUGCGGGAUCACAUUGUGUACUACAUGGUCAUGGUCAUGGUCAUGGUCAUGGACAUGGACUACAUGUCAUUGGUGAGCAUGGAUGGUAGUUUAGCGAUGUAGAGAAGUGUGAUAUGGAUGAUAUUGAUAUGUACUUCAGUACUUGCAUGGUUUUGUCGCGAAGCUCUAUUAAAAGUGUCGAAGGCAGAUCGGAUAAUAUUACAAGUGACUCUAAGCUUGGUAUGCAUAAA